CUCUCUUAUCUGUUCUCAUAUGGUACAAGUUAAUUUUUUCCAUGUGCUUAUAACUACCAAAAACUGAGAUCAUGCACACCAAGGAAAACUCAUGCUGCUGCUCUUUUGAUGACUGUAAACUGACCACAGAAUGGCUAAUGAGCAGAACAAGACACAGGCCGAAGAUCGCCAUCGUGUGUGGCUCGGGUCUGGGGCUCCUCGCUGAGAACGUCUCUAACAAACAGACCUUCCGCUAUGAGGACAUUCCUAAUUUUCCAGUAAGCACAGUUCCUGGCCAUGAGGGGUGUCUUGUGUUUGGUCAUAUCAAAGGCAAGUCCUGUGUCUUCAUGCAAGGAAGGUUUCAUCUCUAUGAGGGCUACUCAUUGUGCAAGGUCACAUUUCCUGUUCGGAUCUUCAAGCUGAUGGGUGUGGAGACCAUUAUUGUAACUAAUGCUUCUGGAGGUCUCUGUCAGGAUUUUAAAGUGGGAGACAUCAUGGUCAUUAAGGAUCAUAUUAACUUGCCUGGGUUUGCUGGACAGCACCCACUGUGUGGACCCAAUGAUGAACGGUUUGGGAUCAGGUUUCCCUGUAUGUCUGAUGCUUACAGCAAAGACCUGAGGAAGCUUACUCUAGACAUCACUGCUGAGCUAGGAUACUCCAAUUUUGUACGUGAGGGGGUCUACUGUAUGGUUAGUGGACCAAACUUUGAGACCAUUGCUGAGGCACGAAUGCUGCAAAUCUUGGGAAGCGACUCAGUCGGCAUGAGCACGGUUCCUGAGGUGACUGUAGCCAAGCAUUGUGGACUGAGGGUCAUGGGGCUCUCGCUUAUCACCAAUAAGGUUUCUCUGGACUACAGCCGGGAGGAGAAGGUCAAUCACGAAGAGGUCCUGCAGAUCAGCAAGAUGAGAGCUGAGAUGCUUCAGAACGUUCUCAUGACAUUCAUUGCUCGUUCUCAUCAAGUGGAGACCAUUAAUAACAACUGCGUCUACCCAAAUGCGGUGUAGGGGCAAUCAAACCAACUGAACAGGGCAUUGUAGAUGUCAUGUGAUUGUGAAUAUCUUAAUAUGUCAAUAUGUGACCCUGCUUGUGAAAAGUAAUUUUUUGUGAUUUAAAGGCGGUGUGCAUGAUCUCUGAAAGCCAAUGUUGACAUUUGAAAUCACCUAAAAAAGCAUGCCCCUACCCCAAUAGAAUCUGUACUUUCUUUUGAUAGACCCGCCCCACACAUAAGCAACCCAGGCAAUGUCGUCGCUUAGUAGACACGCCCCUUACUGCUGAUUGGCUACAAGUGUUUUUUU